AUGAGCACCAGCCCUGCGAAUUCCAGCGAUGCACAAAGCACCAAGAAGAAGCGGGCAUGCGACUACUGCCGGCUGAAGCGGGUUAUCUGCCAUCCUCAGUCGAACGGGGAACCAUGUCCCCGUUGUCUGGAGAAGGGUGUGUGCACAACUACUAUAUCUACGACUAGAAAACCGAGAGGCCAAGGCAAAAAGGCCCUGGCAAAGGAAGCUAAACGCAGGCAAGAAGCCGAGGCAGCUGAAGCCGAGGCUUCAAAAGCCACGAGCGUCUCGGUCAAGCAAGCCCAACCGUCGAUACCUCCUUCUUUUCCAGAUGACAUCUAUUUCAUUCCCGGAGACUUGAUGCGGGACGCUCUGGAAAUGGCAGAGAUGGAGCCUGGCGGCAGUCCCGGGCUCUCUCCAGUCCCAAGACAGCGUGCCCUAUUGGACAGUCGCGGCUGGGAUAUCCUUGCCCUAGCGCCACACGACCGGGUGCUUGCCUUGUGUUUACUCGCCAUGGCUUCUCUCGUCUCUGUCGACCCUACCUACGUUGGAUACCAUCCGCAAGGGGGCCGCUUUCCGGACGCCCACACGAAGUGGGAGACGAUAUCCUUCUCGCGACUUGGAGAUCCCGAGAUGAUUGCCCUUGGUCAGCGGAGAAGGGCGAUUUGCGCACAGCUUUACGGCGAGGCGAUGCGCCAAGCAACCUUGAGUGGAACCAUGUCGCAUGCUUGCCGCGAGAAUGUGACGUCUUGCGGUCUUUUGAACAUGCUCGACGUGCACAAGUCCGAGAGCAACCUUCCUUGGGCUACCGCAUUCGUGUGGCAGUUGAGAACGCUCACUGAGCUCGAUGUCGCCGACAAGAUUUUUGAGAUUUCGGACGGUCAUGGAAGGGAGCUCGCUAGUUUUCAGUGGCGCUUAGGUUUGCUUCUGCUCGUCAGUAAUUACGCCAUCAGUGCUGGCAAAAAUUUGCCCUCGGUUCACGAUGAGGAACUUAUAUGCGUCGUGGAGCCACCAUCCAUCGAGGACGCAAUCGUGCAAGCAUCUACCCGACCUGGCGCUGUUCCUGUUAUACAGCUCAUGCACUCGGCCAAACGCAAUAUUCAACUUAUACGCGACGCUCUGGAGAAAGUGGUCGGAGACGCUCGUCGCCGUCCACCAGACGAUCUCACCGUCAUGCAUCAAAUUGUCGCCGCUGAGCAGCAUCACCCCGUCCUAAUGCGUGUGCGUCGACUAAUCUAUGCCCGUGUGGUCGGACCUGGCCAGCAAGUGCUACUCCAUACCACGGCGGUCGCGUUCUGUGUCCUCACUGUCGCGCUGUAUAAUGCGCUUCACUCGCGCGCGGGUGAGGUCGACAGGUCGACAGCUAUGACUGUGCAACUCGUGGCGCGCGCUCGAGCGCUGGCCGUACGGGCGAUAGCGGAUGCUGUGCGGGAAAUACGCUCGAUCGUCGUGCAACAUUGGCUGCCCUUCACGCAGCGCUCCGGAUUCGAGGCAUGGGCGAAAGUGCUUGUCGACGAUGACGGGGACGCUGCCAGCCUCGACAGCGGCCAAGCAAAUGCGGGCGAAUUCGUGGUUAGCGUGGAUGAGCGCAUUGAAACAUUGGAGCUUAGAAAAUGCAUCAUGUUCACCGCUUUCAUCGGGGUCGACCGCACCGAAUUCGUACCUGCGAUAGACGCCAAACUCGACCUCCUUCGCGCGCGUCUAGCGCAGCAAAGGUCCGCAAGCCAUAAUUCCACGCCCUGCUCGAUGCCGGACGGAUUCACGUCGACCAGCUCGAGGCCGUCGACCGAAUCUUGGGGCAGCGACCCUUCGCUGCUGACACCGUCUCUCGACCAGUCGCAAACCCCUUCGUUCUGGAUCUCGCCGCCGAAUGACUGGGACUUCACAUCCGAAGACUGGAUGUCGCAGCUGGCAGGAUCGUCGGGCUUGUCGCAGACGAGUGAAGGGCAUGCAGGUCCAGGGGCUGCUUCGGACUUCGAUUUCCUACAUAAUGUAGGCAUGGCUGGAGGGAACAUGGACGCUUCCCUUCGAGCACCUUGGGGAUAG